AUGGGUCGUCGCCGAAGUAGUAACAAGCCUCCACCAAAGCGGAAAGCUAUUGUCCCACUUGACAAGGUGUUUAAUUGUCCUUUCUGCAAUCAUGGUCGAUCUUGUGAAGUUAUCUUGCAACGGGAUAACAAUAUUGGUUACAUUAAGUGUACAAUAUGUUUGGAAGACUUCCAGACUAAAAUAAAUUAUCUUAGCCAAGAGAUUGAUGUCUACAAUGAUUGGAUCGAUGCUUGUGAAGAAGCAAAUGCCUAA